GCAAAACAGAAUCCUUUUUGCGCUCUAUGCAAAUGAGGACGGCGUCAGUGGAGCAAGCCCAGUCUGGCGUCGCGCGCAUGCUGCGAGAAGGCAUCCUCACGGACAUCACCGUCAACGCGGCCGGCGGCAGCAUGAGGGCCCACCGCGCCGUCCUGGCCGCGCGGUCGCCGGUGUUCCUGAGCAUGUUCUCGCACAACCUCAGGGAGAAGGAGCUCUCCACGGUGGACAUCUCCGACAUGUCCAUCGGCGCGUGCAAGGCCUUGGUCCGCUACCUCUACGGCGACGCCAGGUCCGAGUGGGAGCUGCUCGAGCACCGGAGCGAGCUCGUCGCCGCCGGCGACAAGUACGGCAUCGCCAACCUGAAGAAGGCCUGCGAGGAGAGCCUGAGAGAGGACGUGGGCGUGGAGAACGUGCUGGACAGGCUGCAGAUGGCGCACACCUACAGCCUGCCGGCGCUCAAGCGGACGUGCGUCAGGCUGCUCGUGGACUUCGGGAAGAUGUACGAGAUCCCCGAGGAUUUCGUGGCGUUCAUGGCGGCUGCGGACCAGGACCUUGCAGACGAGAUCCGCUCGACUGCAAUUCUCAGAGGGAGAAAGCUCGCGGCCAGAGAGAAGAAGCCUGCAGCUAAAAAGACUCGGCGCCCGAGUGUGAGGAAGUCUCCGCCUAGCAAGGCUUCAGGCAGCAGCAUUCCGGCUCGGAGGUCCAAAGUCCCGACGUCCACGCCUAAGCUGGAUGCGAGCAACACUGCGGCAGGUAAACGGGGCCGCCGGCGGAAGUCCACGCCAAGCCAAGAUCCCGACGGCGGCGCUCCGGAUAAACGGCCUCGGCGGCUCAAUGUCCGGCUUGCAGGCGACGAGUGGGCCAAGUGAAUUGUGCCCGCUUCGUCAGUUACAACUUAGUACAAGAUUUCCAAUUCUAGGUCUGGCACGUGUUUUGCUCAAACUUUUCUCAAAAAAAAAACGUGUUUUGCUCAAACCUGUGUGGAAGCGGUUCAAUGUCGGGGCUUU